AACAAAACAAAACAAAAGGGGCAGUAUAGUCCCUUAAUAAAAUCCCUUGCCCUAACUCGCUAUCGCGAAUUCACGUAUCGUUCGGAUGAGCACGUAACCUUGUUCCGCAUAUUCUUUGCAUCUAAGGUGCUCUGGUUGUAAUCUUAGGUUACGCAUGGCCUUACUGUCCUCUGUGAAUUGCUUAUCGUCCCUCUGAGUUUAUACAUACAAAUUUACGUAUCACCCAACUGCGUUUCGGGGGUGCUUGUUUAGUAUCGUGCAAUGGGAGUUCCGGCAUUUUACCGGUGGCUUGCUGAGAAGUAUUCCACGGUGGUGGUGGAUGUGAUCGAGGAAGAGCCCGUGGAGAUCGAAGGUGUCAAAAUUCCAGUGGAUACCAGUAAACCAAAUCCUAACAACAUCGAAUUUGAUAAUCUCUAUCUCGAUAUGAAUGGUAUUAUUCAUCCAUGUUUCCACCCCGAAGACCGACCUUCACCUACCACAUUUGAGGAGGUAUUUCGAUGCAUGUUCGACUAUAUUGAUAGGCUCUUUGUAAUGGUGCGCCCUCGAAAGCUAUUGUACAUGGCCAUAGAUGGUGUUGCUCCAAGAGCAAAGAUGAAUCAGCAAAGGUCUAGGCGCUUUAGAGCAGCAAAAGACGCGGCUGAUGCGGCAGCUGAAGAGGAGAGGUUGCGUGAGGAGUUUGAGAAGGAGGGUAGGAAGCUCCCCCCCAAGCUGGAAUCACAAACUUUUGAUUCAAAUGUCAUCACUCCUGGAACUCCAUUCAUGGAGACUCUGUCAAUUGCACUCCAGUACUACAUACAUCUCAGGCUAAACUAUGAUCCUGGAUGGAGAAACAUUAAGGUUAUACUUUCGGAUGCUAACAUUCCCGGUGAAGGGGAACACAAAAUAAUGUCAUACAUUCGUCUGCAAAGGAACCUUCAGGGCUUUGACCCCAAUACACGCCAUUGCCUGUAUGGCUUGGAUGCAGAUUUAAUCAUGUUGGCAUUGGCCACUCAUGAAGUGCACUUCGCUAUACUUAGAGAGGUUAUAUUCACUCCUGGUCAGCAAGACAAAUGUUUUCUAUGUGGUCAAAUGGGCCACAGAGCAGCAGAGUGUGAAGGAAAAGCGAAGAGAAAAGCUGGAGAGUUUGAUGAAAAAGGUGACACAGAAGUGGUGGGAAAAAAGCCUUAUCAGUUUCUCAAUAUCUGGACCCUGAGAGAGUACUUGGAGUAUGAAUUCAGAAUUCCGAACCCUCCUUUUAAGAUUGAUUUGGAGCGCAUUGUUGAUGAUUUUAUAUUCAUGUGUUUCUUUGUUGGGAAUGAUUUUCUGCCACAUAUGCCCACACUUGAGAUCCGUGAGGGUGCAAUUAACUUGUUGAUGGCUGUUUACAAAAAGGAGUUUAGGUCUCUAGGAGGGUAUUUGACUGAUGGAAGCAAGCCAAACCUUGGCAGGGUGGAGCAUUUUAUACAGGCUGUGGGGUCAUAUGAAGAUAGAAUAUUCCAGAAAAGGGCGCGCUUGCAUCAGAGGCAAGCUGAAAGAAUCAAGCGUGAAAAAACCCAAAAACGACGAGAUGAGUCUGUGCCCGAAUUUGAACCUGAAUCAUUGGUUCCGGUUGCUCGGUUCCAUGGGUCUCGUCUUGCUUCUGGCCCCACAGUUUCUCCAUAUCAACAUGGGGCACGAUCUAAUCAAUUUCGGCAUAACAAUAAGAAUGAACAGUCCGGAAAUUCACGUGAUGGUUGUACUCGUAGCCAUGCUACAAAAGUUGCACGCUCAACAUCUGGGGCCUCAGUAGGAGCUGCAAUCGUUGAAGCUGAGCGUAAUCUUGAAAUUGAAGUUCGUGAUACAAAAGAAGAAUUGAAAACUAAGCUGAAAGAGCUGCUUCGUGAAAAAAAUGAUGUUUUCAACUCAGAAAAUCCUGAAGAAGACAAGGUCAAGCUAGGAGAUCCUGGUUGGAAAGAGAGGUAUUAUGAUGAAAAGUUCUCUGCAAAAACACCUGAAGAAAUGGAAGAGAUACGUAAAGACGUUGUUCUGAAAUAUACUGAAGGCCUGUGCUGGGUUAUGCACUAUUAUUAUGAAGGAGUUUGUUCCUGGCAGUGGUUUUAUCCUUAUCAUUAUGCACCUUUUGCUUCCGACUUGAAGGAUCUUACAGCAUUGAGUAUUAAAUUUGAGUUAGGUGCUCCAUUUAAACCAUUCAACCAACUGCUGGGUGUCUUCCCUGCAGCAAGUUCACACGCACUUCCUGAGCAGUAUAGGAAAUUGAUGACAGAUCCAAACUCGCCUAUUAUUGAUUUUUAUCCCACUGAUUUUGAAGUGGACAUGAAUGGAAAGCGGUUUUCUUGGCAGGGCAUUGCAAAACUACCAUUCAUCGAUGAAGCUAGACUGCUUGCAGAAGUCGCAAAGGUUGAACAUACAUUGACGGAUGAAGAAGUACGAAGAAACAGUGAAAUGUCUGAUAUGCUAUUUAUAUCAGUAUCUCAUCCACUAUCUCCAUUCAUCUUUUCUCUUGAUAAUCGCUGCAAACAGCUAACAGACAAGGAAAAGAUUGAAGCAAAGGAGAUCAUUGACCCUGGAGCAAGUGGUGGGAUGAAUGGCUAUUUAUCCCUCUGUGCGGGAGAUCCCUGCCCUCCAAUUUUCAGAUCACCUGUUCAAGGGAUGGAAGAUAUUAUGGACAAUCAAGUCAUAUGUGCAAUAUACAAACUGCCAGAUGCUCAUAAGCACAUUGCGCGACCACCAAGUGGGGUUACUUUCCCAAAGAAGACUGUCGGUUUUGGUGAUAUGAAACCAGACCCUGUACUUUGGCAUGAAGAUUCUGGAAGGAAACAUUCAGAUAACGGAAGACAUGACAUGACAGGAGCUAUACGUGAUCGACACCUGGGAGAGGCUGCACACCGACUUGUUGCUAACAGCAUACAGAUAAAAAUUGACAGGGGCAGUAGGGGUAGGGGUGAGUAUGGUGGUGAUCAUAGAUAUGCACCCCCACCUCCACAGACAUCCUAUCCGGGUGCAUAUGGUCCGCAGUCUCACCAAGUAUACCAAUCAAACAGAUAUAACAAUGGUCAUGGACAGACUCGACCCAUGAAUAGUUCAAGUUAUCAUGCCCGAGAUGCUGGAGGACAUCAAUAUUAUGUUCCUCAUACAACAGGGUCGUACAGGGGGGCUAAUCCUAAUUAUGCAAGGGUCGAGCAAUCGGUUUCCCAGAGUAGGAAUUAUUAUAAUCGACAACACGGAGGAAGUUAUCAUGCGCCCCAUCCUCACAUACCAUCACCACCACCGCCACAUCCGAGUGGAUACUAUCAACCUUGUGAUCAGUGGGGCGUUGGUGUGGUGGGCUCCCAGCAGAGCAGCCCUAGAGUUGGUAGAGGAGGAUACAUUCAUCAUCCUCGCGGGAAUCAAUUUGCAUCUUUAAGUAGAGGGUCAAGUAGACGGCCUCCACCUUCUGACUAUCGACGCUAGAUAGGGUGUAGUUUUAUAUCUUGAAAUAGCUGUGAUUUUAUAACCCUUGCAGCUUUGUAGUUGAGUGAUAUUCGUGGCAUUUGGAGCAAGCAAAGAGAGGACUAGGGAGUGGUCUUCCUCAUCAUGAUUGUUCUUCACUCCUUCCUCUCAUCUUUAUCAUGUGCUUGCGUUGGUAAUUUGUACCAUAUUGUUGCUUUGUUAUAGAAUAAUGGUUAUUGCCUUCUUUUUUCCUGUCUGAUGUAAUUUCCCCCCAAAACAGAAAACGUAAAUUUUGUGUGCUUCAAGUAGUUGUAUACUUGUUUUGGGUUAUAUAUUGACCAAGGAUAAAUAUGAUCUUGUAAGGCUGGACUAGAUGAUGAGUUUGUUUCAAUAAGCUGUUGGAUGAAACAAUUUGUAUACAGUUGAAGUAUUUGAUCUGAUUGUCACUUGUCC